CUGGAAGAGGGUAUGCCUGCAAGAGGGCUGGACCUGGAAGAAGGUUCGAACCGUACUUACACGGGCCCAUGAGGUUUGACCGGUAUCGGGGAAUCAGCCGAGACUGGCAAACUGAUUGGGGACUAAAAGAUGCUCAUUAAAAGAAAUAGAAGAGGUAUCGUCCACCAUGGCGCAUCCUAUUUCCCCUUCUCAGGGAAGACUUGAACGGGGGGGUGAGCUAAGGCCUUCCCGGGAUAGUAAAUAUCAAAGGGCCAUUAAAAGACUUAAUCACCCGGAAGAGGGGGCCCUGGAAGAAGGGUGCAUUUUGGGCCUUGGAGAGUGCUCGAAACCAUCCGACAUGGUUAAUUCUCCAAUGUUGAUCUGGCCUGGCCAGCAGCAUUAUCUUAUUGGAAGACUGAGACACAGGCCUGGCCUGGCACGCUGGUUACUACACCGGUCUUGCUCAGUAUAAUAAAGAAAAUAUGUGACCCAGUCGAACUGGUACACUGGUCUCACACCAGUCUUACACAUAUUUUCCAAUAAGCCUGAGCCCAAUCG